UGUGAGAUUUAUUGAUAUAGUUAUGAAGUGUUCAUUUGGUCAUUUUGUCCACUCAAAUGAAUAUUACUGUCUGUAAAGUUUGAAACACUGCUAUUUUCCAAGAUUUGAAUUUCAAAUUUGAAUCAGACAAGCAGUGACGCAGAUGUGAUGGAAAGCUGAUUGUUGUGUGGAUAUCCCGCCCACCUGUGUUAAGGCACACCCUGCCUGGGUGUGUUUCCUCCCCGGUCCCCAAGUUCUCUGCCUCAGGGAGCCACAGUGACUGUGCGUCACCUCUCUGCUCAGCUGUCCUUGCAUGGCCUUGUGUUAUUACUGGCAGUGUGUUGCCGUCCCUCGAGAUACAUGAUCUACGGUGUGAUUCAAAUACGGUUGUAACAGUUAUUUGAAGCUUAAUGUUAAGUAGUAUGAGUUACUUGCUCCUGCAGGUAGUGCUAAUGUCAGUGCUGUUUCAUACCAGGUCACUUUAAAAAUGAUUUAGUGAGCUUGGUAGUGCCAUAGCCAUAGUACGGUACCAUUUGCAUUCCUUCUGGGAGAGAUUUUUUUCAUAGGUAUGUGACUUUGAAACCCCAGGAGAGGGGUGUGUCACACACAGAUACUCAGAUUAAUCUUUCCUCUUAAAGAUUUAUUUUUGGGUGGACAACAGACAUCAGAAGAGGAUUUUGUUAAACAGAUACGAUGACGAUAGUCUGCUUGUGUUGGGGGAAAAAAAGAAGCAGUGUUUGUUUACACACAUGUAAACAAGGUGGUCCUAAACAUCUACGCACUGUCAUUCCUCUUGGCGCAUGCUUAAGACGCUAGCUCAGGUCCAUUUCAGACCAACGGGAUACAGAGGGAGAGGUGCUGCCCGGAUCAUGUGCUCAGAGAAAAGCCAGUCGGAGCAGGAGGCAGAGCGAAGACGAAAGCGCAUAAUUGGCUCUCGGUGUGUAAUCUUCAGGGUUUAGAGGCAGAGGGAGGGACAGACAUGCACUGCAUGCACACACUGCUGAUAGUGCUCAGAUUCCUGUUGGUGUGCGAGACUCUGCCUUGAUAUACUCACUGUUGCUGUGCGACAGCCACUGACAGGGACUCUGUGUUUGUGCCUUAAACCAAAUAGCUCACAGGGAAAGUGCUUCUUUUUCAAGCGUCUCACAGGUUUAUUUUCUGUCCUCCAAUGACUGAUAAAGUGCUUCGCUCCUCCUUUUCAUCCACCCACCCUUCCAUAUCUGUGGAGUAAUUCUGCCUGACCUAGUUGAGCCACAUGCUGAGGAGCGUACACAGUCUGCACAGUUUGUGUUAUUAUAGCUGAUCACACAACUUUGUGAGCUCUCCAGCUACUCCUCAGCAGCGUUGGAUUUUGAGAAGGAGCACCAGAUUGCUGCCGUGUACGAGUCGCCCAGGAUGUCACGGCGGAGCCUGCGUCUGCAGACCGGUGCUGGUCACUAUGGCAACGAGAGCCAGGCUGAUUACUCCCAGAACUACAGCAACAGCAGCAGCAGCUACACCAGCACCAGGAGAGAGACACGGACACUGCGCAGCAAAAAGCAACAGUCCAGUCCCACGCCCCUGUCUUUAUCCUUGAGCCAAGCUGCCACACCGAGGAAAACCCUCUCCUUCUCAGCCGUUAAUACCCCAAUUCACAGCAGCAUCAUUCAGGAAAGCAACACAGCGUCCGAUGCCUCUCAGCUCAACUCCAUCCUGGACCAGUCCCAACUGAGACAACGCACCAUCACCACAACCACAACCACCACGUCUACUGCUGUGGAUGGACACUGGGGGAGGAGCUUCAGCAGAGACCACAGUUCAUCAAGUGUCAACGGCGAUGCCAGCGCAUCGAAGUCCCACACCUCACUCGCCAAUGGUUACAUCUGCAAAGACUGCUCUUUUCACGCUCAGAAGACGGACUGCUCUAUUACACGUUCUUCAGCAUCAUUAUCAUCAUCAUCUCAGGCUGCAGAAGCUUCCUCUGACGCCCUCUCCUUCUCCUCCACCUCAUCACCUUUCACAAGUAUAUACACAAGAGACAGGAGUCGAAGGAGCAAGACAGGUGUCCUGGUGUCUAUGUCUAACACGUGUAUGCGCUACAGCAAACGAGCCCUGGCCCCCAUAGUGUCCUUAGUCACCCUGCUCUUCAACAAUGUGCUCUGGCUGGGUUCAAGGGCCAAGAGCCCUCCGGGAAAAGGUGUCCUUGCAUCAUUCUCGGACUCGAUGAGACAAGCGGUGUCCUCCAGUUUGUCCCAACUGUGGCUGUUUAAGCAGACCACUCUCCACAGGAUGAUGGGCUACAGGGCUAAUGGCUAUGAAGGACAAGCUCACUCAAGUUUCUGUGGAAGCAUGAACGUGAAGGAUCUGGUGACUGAAGAUGCUUCACAUCUUAAUCUCAAUGGUUCCCUGUGCGAUGACUGUAAAGGGAAGCAGCACUCAGAGACACACACCGUCCUUCUUACACAGUCCUCCAGGCCCCGACGCCUGGCGGGGGCACUGUGGAGCGUCCUAGCUUACACAGGCCACUGUCUCCUCCAGCCAGGUUACUGUGUGGUGAGAGCAGGCAAAGCGCUGGGAUCUGGGGUUGGGACAGUGGUGCAGAGGCUGCUCUCACUGUUCUGGAUGCUCCUGGCAGCUCCAGUGAAGGCAGGCAGGGGAUUUCUGUGGUUUCUCGCGGCAGGAUGGUACCAGCUGGUGUCUCUCAUGUCUCUCCUCAACGUCUUCUUUCUGACACGAUGCCUUCCCAAACUUUGGAAGCUGCUGCUGCUCCUUUUGCCCCUGUUGCUCCUCCUUGCUUUAUGGUUGUGGGGUCCGUCCACUGCUGCCCUGCUCGCCUACCUCCCAGCCAUAAACCUAACCGAGUGGCGUCCUGCAUCCCCCCUCACCCUCCUGUCUAACUUGGUGCCAGCUUCUGCUCCAGCUCCUGCCUCAGUUCCCAUCCCUGCACCAGAGACUCCAGUGGAGGUGACCCCAGCCACCCCAGUCUCACAGGCACCACCGUUCCUCCCCCCUGUGGCGGUCUCUGGUGUGGAUUUGGAACGACUGGAGCGUGUGGAGCGCCAGCUAGCCCUGCUGUGGGAGCGAGUCCAGCAAGGUGACCAGAAACAGGAGCAGCAUCACGGGGACAUUAUGGGUCUCUACAGCACCCUGAAGGAGCAGCUCCACACUCAGACAGAUAGGGAGAGCCUGGGACUGUGGGUGUCCUCCCUGCUGGAGCAGAGACUCGGCGUGUUACGGGGAGAGCUGGAGCAGGAGAACACACAGAGAGCACAGAGUGCAGAGCAGCAGAAACAGCACCAGGAGGAUCAGGCGACACGGCUGGCUGAAUUAGAAUUGCUGCUCAAGACUCUGAAUGCCAAGACCCAGGAGGUGCAACAGAAACAGCAGCGGUAUGAGCACGAGAAGCAGGAGAGGGAGAAGGUGGUUGUCACUACAGCAGCGGACACAGUUCCUGUCAGUGUGGGAGUGAAGCAGGAGGAACAUGACGCUCUGCUGGCGGAGGUGCAGAGGCUUGAGGUGGAGCUGGGCAAAAUUAGACAGGACCUGCAGGGUGUUCUGGGAUGCAAGGGCAAGUGUGAGCAGUUGGACACACUGCAGGAGACCAUAUCAGCCCAAGUGUCCUCCCAGGUGCAUAAGGAGUUGCAGACCCUGUUCUUUGGCAGUGGUGGGCCGGGACAGGAGCAGGGAGAGGUGCCCGAGUCUCUGAUCCUCUGGCUGUCCCAGCGCUACGUGAGCACUCCCGACCUGCAGGCCUCCCUGUCCUCACUGGAGCUGAGCAUCCUGAGAAAUGUUUCCCAGCAGCUGGAGCUGAACCGGGCCCAAACUGUGGGUGAGGCCGAGGCCCAAGCUAAGACCAUUGUUCAGACAGUAACCGGGACUGUCCAGCACACUGCUGCUGCUGAGGGAAUGACGGAGGAGCAAGUGAAGGUGAUUGUUCAAAACGCUUUGAGGCUCUACUCCCAGGAUCGAACAGGCCUGGUGGACUACGCCCUGGAGUCUGGAGGUGGCAGCAUCCUCAGCACUCGCUGCUCUGAGACAUAUGAGACCAAAACGGCCCUCAUGAGUCUGUUCGGCCUGCCGCUCUGGUACUUCUCCCAGUCUCCACGUGUUGUCAUCCAGCCCGAUGUGUACCCGGGUAACUGCUGGGCAUUCAAAGGCUCUCAGGGUUACCUGGUGAUCCGCUUGUCCCUGAGGAUCCUGCCCACAUCCUUCUGCGUGGAGCACAUCCCCAAGGCCCUGUCACCGACUGGAAACAUCACCAGCGCCCCACGCAACUUCACCGUUUUUGGUCUAGAUGAUGAGUAUCAGGAAGAGGGGAAGCUGCUGGGGCACUACAUAUACGAGGAAGAUGGGGAGUCACUGCAAACCUUUCCUGUUAUGGAGCAGAAUGACAGAGCCUUCCAGAUCAUUGAGGUGCGGGUGCUGUCUAACUGGGGUCAUCCAGAAUACACCUGCAUGUAUCGCUUCAGAGUCCAUGGAGAACCUCGGCCUCAGUGAACCAACCACGACCGUACACACUCAUAUAUGACAUAUCACCCUAUCUGUACAUAGCUCUCGCCAACUUCUUUAAAGCAGAGGGGACUCGGCAGUACUCUUUUUGUACGAAAGACGUGAAGACGCUGAAGUUGUGGAUUGUUAAAGGAAUGUGCCCAGACUGAAUCGUGAAAUGUGUUUUGUAAUAUUGAAAGAAUCACAGGAAAGUCUGUAUGUGAACUGUUGGUGAUCACAGGAGAAGAAAAGAACCACGGAAGAAGCUAAAACUCCCUGUCCCCUUUCCAUAAAAAGGCCUCUUGCACUGAAUCAGCCCUUGAGGGGCGACAGGCUCCACUGAGCGGACAAAUCCAUCCCACUCUUGUCACCUUCCACUCCUACAGGGAGGUGGACACUUGAAAUGGGGGGAUUACAGACUCACCUCCACCAUUUCCUCACACACUGCAUCUCAGUCUUCGGUUUCUGUUCUCAAUUCACGUCUAUUCAACUUUGAUUUCCUGUUAGUUUACUAUUUUCAGGAUCAAAGCCACCACACCUUUCGCCUGUGACGCUGUCCAGGUGUGUCACUCCCCUUGUCAAGUCACUGCAAUGACUUUAACUGGGCUGAUUGGGCAGCCUACCGGACCGGACCACACUCACAGCGGGUGUUUACUGGACAUUAGGGUUGACUACAUUCAAGGCUCGGCAUCGUGCAUCCAUAGCCAUAUUUCUUUGUUUUGGAACUGAACAUGCUGCCUAUGGACAGGCUCUGAAUGUUUCCUCUAGUGGAGGCUCGAUGCAAAUCAUCCUUUAACUUCACAGCAACACUAUAUAACCACUGACCUGAGCUCUGUGUGUUCAGACUAUUAGCAGGCUAUUCACUAUGUACAUUAGACAAAAUAUGUGUAUGGUUAUGGACGGAUUCCAGGAUUAAUUCUAGCAUGUAACUCUUCCCGAACCAUACUCUUGACUUUUACAUGCAUCAUGGGUUUUUACACGUGUGUCUCCUCUCUAAAGGUUUAAGUCCUGUAACAAGGUCUCAAAUUACUAAUGACUGAUGUCAAAAGCUAAAUAAUAAUCACUAAUAUUUAGCUUUCAACAUCUCACCGUUGAACGCUAAAUUAUAUAACUAUUCCUGUAGGCAAGAGUGUGAUUUUUCUUUUUCGUUUUAUAAAGAGGGGACUCUGUCUGUCUCCUAGCUCAGUUCUAAACGUCCUCCUCACGUGGGCUCGCUCUAUUCUGAAACCCUGAAGGAAUGUAAUCUGUAUAUUUCAUUGUUGAUAGCUGGUCCUUUAUAAUAUCUGCUUUUAUCAGUGUUGCUUUAUAUAAAUCAUCCUGUCAUUAUCAUGAUUAAUAUUGCGUUCCUACCAUUAUUUCUACUGUUACUCAUCGUGUUGUUUUGCUUUUUGUUUUGUUUUUGGGGCGGGGGGUUGGGUUGAUGUCAGGAUGCACUGCAACGACUUGUUAGAGAAAUGUUUGUGGCACAGGUCUUCACGAUUUGUUUAAAAAAAAAUGGCGGGUGUGUGUGUGUGUAGUCAUUAAUUUGGGUUGCAAAUAUGGGGAAGUCUAAAAUGUUAUGUAUAAAAAAUGUUUUGUUCACAAUCUUAUUUAUUAACAAGUCAAUUAGUGACUGCGAGAUAUGAGUUACUGCAAUGUAUAUUUUGUCAAAAAGCUCUUCAGUGCAUUUUGGAACCAUCUUGGGACUUUUUUUUUUUAAAGAUAAAUGGCUAUUUUUGUUCAGUCAUGAGAUGACUUAACUGCUUUGGAAUAUAUUCCAAUAAAGACUUUAAUUUUGAAAAACCUCUCUGAAUAAUAUAACAAUGGCUUAAGACUAAGAUUGUUACGCUUUCCUCUGCAAAAAAAGCUUUAACCUUUGCUCUUUUAUUAUUGUAGAGAAAGUGCAUUUCACAAUGCAGUAUUAUUUUUGGGUUGAUCCUUUAUUUAGAGCCAACAAUAAAAGAUCUGACAUCAA